CUAGGGACCAUUUUUAUUCCAGUUUUUGCAGAUGAGGAAACUAAGGCUCAGGAAAGUUAAGCAACUUGCUUAGUCAUGCUAGUUAGAGUUAGAGGUGGAUUCAAACCCAGGUGUCAGGUUUCAGAACUCAUUCCCACAUUCACUGAUCUCCAGAGCAGAACUCAGUGUUUUCAGCAGCACCGACCAUCUUCUGUAUGUCUUUUCUUUUUUUUUUUUUUUUGGUACCGGGGAUCGAACUCGGGACCUUGUGCUUGCGAGGGAGGCGGUGGAACCACUGAGCUAAUCUCCGGCCCAACUGACCAUCUUCUGUAUACUGACCUCCAUCCUCAAUUUCUCUGGACCACAUUGGGGAGUGCAAAUACGUAAGGUGAAACUUUUUUUUUUUGGUACUAGCCAUUGAACCCAGGGCCUUUGUGCUGAGCUACAUCUCUAGCCCUUUUUUAGGUUUUUUUGGAGUUUUUGUUUUUUUGGUUUUUUGGCAGAGUCUCGCUAAGUCUCUAAAUUCCCUAGGCUGGAUUCAAAUUUGCCAUUCUCCUGCCUCAGCACCUCAGUGCUGGGAUUAUAGGCGUGCACCUCCACGUCUGGUUUAAACAUGUUAAACAAUUUAAAGAAAUAUUAGGAGUUAAAGGAAAACUGAAUUGUAACGUAAAAACAUGAAAGUGCUAAGAAAGUCUGUACUUUUGAAAGGUCAAUUCGGGCUCCUCCCCCAACUCGAGCCGAGCCCUUUGCUGAGGUCGCGGGAAGGGUGAGAACCCAGCGCCGAACGAAAGUGUCCCUUGUGAACCGCCCCCAGCAGGGCAGGGAGGCUCAGUGCCCGAGGGUGUGACCCGGCGGAGGCCCAGGGAAGGAGGCGGCCCUGGGGAGGCGGUUUAGGGCGGAGUCAUGGGUCCCGCCCCUGCGGCGCGAGAGCCGGCUCCGCGUGGUUUUCGCAGCUCGCCGGGAGAGCUGAUCGUCCAGAGGCCGCUCAAGGCUGGGGCUGCGCUGCAGGGAGACCCGAGCGGCUAGGGUGCGUCCGAGACCUCUCUCAGGGAAAGAGCUAGGAACACGCUGCUUGGGAAGAACUGGACUCCACUGGCUGCCAACGGCUUCGGGAGACCUCCAGCCCUCGAGUUCCAAACGACAAGGGUGGCCGUUCGGCCCGUCAUGGCCGGGCGCGCCCGCGGGCUGUGCCACAUCGCCUUCCACGUGCCCGCCGGGCAGCCCCUCGCCCUGAACCUGCAGCGCCUCUUCGGCUUCCAGCCCCUGGCGGCGCGGGAGGCGGGCGGCUGGCGGCAGCUGGCCCUGCGCAGCGGAGACGCAGUCUUUCUGGUGAACGAGGGUGCGGGGGCCGGGGACCCGCUGUAUGGUGUGGACCCGCGUCACCCGGUGCCCAGCGCAACGAACCUGUGCUUCGACGUGGAGGACCUGGACGCGGCCGUCCGGGCGCUGGCGGCGCAGGGCUGCCGCGUGCCAGUGCCCCCAGUCAGCGUGAAGGAUGUGCAAGGCACGGUCACCUACGCGGUGCUCAGCUCGCCCGCUGGAAACCUCAGCCUGACCCUGAUGGCACGCGCCGGCUACCGCGGGCUCUUCCUGCCCGGCUUCCGACCAGUGCGCUCCGCACCCGGCCCGGGCUGGGUCAGCCACGUGGACCACUUGACCUUGGCCUGCACCGCCGGGAGCUCCCCUGCGCUUAGGCGAUGGUUUCACGACUGCCUGGGCUUUCACCACUUGCCGCUGAGCCCAGGCGAGGAUCCAGAGCUAGGCCUCGAGGUGGCAGCAGGGUCCGGGCGUGGGGGCCUGCGGCUCACCGCCCUACAGACCCCGCCAGGCACCGCCGUCCCCACCCUUGUGCUGGCCGAGUCCCUCCCGGGAGCCACCAGCAGACCGGAUCAGGUGGAGCAGUUCCUGGCCCGGCACAGGGGGCCAGGCCUGCAGCACGUGGGGUUGUACACUCCCAGUAUCUUGGAGGCAGCGAAGGGGAUGGUGGUGGCAGGAGGUCGCCUCCUCACGCCCCCUAAGGCAUACUACCAGCAGCCUGGCAAAGAGGGGCAGAUCCGAGCUGCAGGGCACAAGCCGAGCCUUCUGGCCCAACAAGGAAUCCUGAUAGACGGUGAUAAAGGCAAAUUUCUACUUCAAGUCUUCACCAAGUCCCUCUUUGCUGAGGACACCUUCUUUCUGGAGCUGAUUGAGAGGCAGGGGGCCACAGGCUUUGGCCAGAACAACAUCCGAGCACUGUGGCAGUCAGUACAAGAGGAAGCUACCAGGGACCAGGAAACCUGAAGGGCAGAGCUGGGUACAACUCACCUGUCCUGGUGCUCUGGUGAGUCCACACAGGGUCUACUGGAACUGAGCCACACCCACGGAGGCAGCUAGUGAAAAGCUUUGCUCUCAGGGGCCCAGUGUGGCCUCCAUCUCAUCAGUACCUGCCAGCAAUUGAGUCUCACUGGGCUCCAAAGAGGUGGAACUUUUUUUUUUUUAACUCUAAGACAUUUCUUACAGUUUAAUAUCUAAUACAUAUGCAAGAUAUAAAGAACAAGCAAAGAUUACACAAUUAGGUCACAGAACAUAACCAGUAUUUUUGAACCCUUUAUAUUUCUCUGAUCACAUUUCUCCCCUCCCCCACCAAUUUUAAUUAACUCUUUGCUUUUCUGUAUUGUUGCACUACAUAUGAAAUACAUUCUUAAAUAAAGAUUUAAUUUUUGAGAUAGGAAUUUAAGACUAAAUCCUCCUCUGCUUCCCUUCUCCCUAGGGAGCAACCACUGCAGGUGGACACACUGAGCCUAGAUUAUAACAAAUCACCUGCCCUAGAGUGAUGCCUCGGCUCCAGUCAAAGCUGAGCUGAGACCUAGAAUGGUGUUGGAUGUCAGCCCCUGGCAGGUGUUCCCUGCAGCUGCCAUCACUCUGCAGGGGAAAACAGAUCCUCUGGAAGGAGCCCUAUUUGCUCAGAGCUGUCUGGAAGCUCAGCCAGGGAAUCAGGACUCACCACUUUCCCUCAGAGGUGAGAAGUGAAGGGGUUAGGGAGAGGGUAGAAAGCUCACCAAAUGACUACAAAAAUAAGCACUUUAUUAAACCACAGGAUUCUCAGAGGUAGGGUUC